CAGUGGAUCACCGAUCACGAAAAGAGCCGAAGAUGUCGGCUCGGUCAUGUGAUCAGCUGUGUCCAAUCACAGCUGAUCACAUGGGACAUGUACACUGAUCAUCAGGGCACUGAUGACCAGUGUGCCCUGAUGAUCAGUGUAGCCCCAGCAGUGCCACCUGUCAGUGUCCAUCAGUGCCUUAUGUCAGUGCUCAUCAGUGCCUCGUGCCAGUGCCCAUCAGUGCCACAUCAGUAGCACAUAUCAGUGUCUAUCAGUGCACAUCAAUGCCACAUAUCAGUGCCCAUCUGAGCUGCCUUUCAGUGUCACCCUCGGUGCCAGUCAGUGCCACCUAUCAAUGCCAAUCAGUACCACCUAUCAGUGCUGCCAAUCAGUGCCACCUAUCCGUGCCAGUCAGUGCCGCCUAUCAGUGCCAGUCAGUGCUGCCUAUCAGUGCCGCCUAUCAGUGCCAGUUCGUGCCGCCUAACAGU